AGCUUUGUUUAGUUUCUUUCUCGCUUCUGCGAAACCUCCGAAGUCAAGAUGCCUCAAGCAGCUUCUCUGCCCGCCUGGGCCACCUUGGAAGACCACUACAAGACCGUUGGUAAGACCUUCGUCUUGAAGGAAGCCUUCGCCUCCGACCCAGCCCGUUUCGGAAAGUUCAGCAAGACUUUUAAGAACACCCCCUCCGGUACCGAUAUACUGUUCGACUUCAGUAAAAACCUCGUUACCGAAGAAACAAUCAACCUCCUGUUAAAGCUCGCGGAAGAGGCCGGCCUCGAGAAGAAGCGCGAUGCUAUGUUUGCAGGAGAAAAGAUCAACUUCACCGAGCACCGUGCUGUAUACCACACCGCGUUGCGUAAUGUAGGCGGCUGGGAGAUGAAGGUGGAGGGCCAGGAUGUCAUGAACGCCAAGGGUGGUGUCAAUGAAGUCUUGCAACACAUGAAGGAGUUUUCCGAGCAGGUCCGGAGUGGCGAGUGGAAGGGAUUUACCGGAAAGAAGUUAACCACCAUCAUCAACAUCGGUAUCGGUGGUUCGGAUCUGGGUCCGGUCAUGGUUACCGAGGCUUUAAAGCACUAUGGCGCAAAAGACAUGACCUUGCAUUUCGUUUCAAAUAUCGACGGUACCCAUAUGGCCGAGGCCCUUGCCAACUCUGAUCCCGAGACAACUCUCUUUCUCGUUGCCUCCAAGACUUUCACUACGGCAGAGACUACAACGAACGCCAACACUGCCAAGUCGUGGUUCCUUGAGAAGACCGGUGGAAAGGGAGAAAUCGCCAAACACUUCGUUGCGUUAUCUACAAACGAGGUCGAGGUAACCAAAUUCGGCAUCGACAGCAAGAACAUGUUCGGCUUCGAGAGCUGGGUUGGAGGCCGAUACUCAGUUUGGAGUGCCAUUGGCCUCAGCGUCGCUCUAUACGUCGGCUACGAAAACUUCCACAAAUUCUUGGCCGGUGCACAUGCGAUGGACAAGCACUUCCGCGAAACCCCCCUAAAAGACAACAUCCCUGUUUUGGGUGGUCUACUAAGUGUAUGGUACAGCGACUUCUUUGCUGCGCAAACACAUCUAGUUGCACCCUUUGACCAAUAUCUGCACCGUUUCCCCGCCUACCUUCAACAAUUGUCGAUGGAGUCCAACGGUAAGACAAUCACAUCUGACGGCUCACCUGCUAAAUACACGACCGGGCCCAUCCUCUUCGGCGAACCUUGCACCAAUGCUCAGCACUCCUUCUUCCAGCUCGUGCACCAAGGUACCAAGCUGAUCCCCACCGAUUUUAUCCUCGCCGCGAAGUCCCAAAACCCCAUCUCCGGCAACCUGCACCAGAAGAUGUUGGCAUCCAACUACUUUGCCCAGGCCGAAGCUCUUAUGAUCGGAAAGACGGCCGAUCAAGUCAAGAGCGAGGGCACUCCCGACGAGCUCGUACCCCAUAAGGUCUUCUUAGGUAACCGACCGACAACGAGCAUCCUAGUUGGUGAUGUCAUCGGUCCUGCCGAGCUAGGCGCUUUGAUCGUCUACUACGAGCACCUAACAUUCACCGAGGGCGCAAUCUGGGACAUCAACUCGUUUGACCAGUGGGGUGUCGAGUUAGGUAAGGUGCUCGCCAAGAAGAUUCUAAAGGAAUUAGAUGAACCAGGGAACGGCGAUGGUCACGAUGCCAGCACAGGCAGCCUCAUCGGCGCUUUCAAAAAAUUUGCUGGCAACUGAAGGUUAGAAACGACUCGGCAGUCCGGGAAGCAGUCGAGGCUCUGAGUUGUAACUACUAGGUAGUAUACAUGUGGCAUGCUAUGACGUGUUUAGGUAACUUGCAGAGACGGGUCUGAGACUACUUUGUACGUUCUCUGCUAUUUGAAGUGAGACUGGUAAAAGUAAUAAGAAAUAAAUUAGGCUUACAAGACUAAGGAGUUCAACCCAACCCUACUGCAUAGAGCACGCCCGACUAUAGUUAUAAUCUACCUAUACAAUCAAAAUCUACACACCCUUAGAUCCAACGACAUAAGUUUUGGUUGGUAUGUUGCUAGUUGAUGUAUCCAUUGAUUCCAUUCUAAGCCACCUCUAGUGUUUUUCUCCUCUCUAGUGUCAGGUUUUCAAUUGGAAUAGGAGAGAUGUGGCUACUAGUGUUCUUUGCCAUAAAGGGUCUAUUUAAGAGUCUAUCUAGAUGUGUUGAAUUGUUCGUUCCCCCUUGCGUUGUCAUACCUUUCUCAGAUUUAAGUUAGGGUUAGGGUCAAUUAACAUUAGUUCACUUUCUCAA